AUGGAAGCGGAAAAUCAAAGCCAACAAAAUGUCGAAUAUCACGAAAAUCUCAAAGCGAAAGAACACACUGAUGAUGUUACAUCGAUAGUAGUGCCUAUUACUAAUGCUGAUGGAUUUUCACCCAAAAAGUUGCCGUAUCCAAAGCACAUAUUCUUUAUAAUUGGCAAUGAAUUUUGCGAACGAUUUAAUUUCUAUGGAAUGAAAACGAUUUUGUACAUUUACAUGGUUGACAAGAUAGGAUUGGAUAAAAAAUAUGCAACAGUUCAAUAUCAUACAUUCGGAAUGCUUGUCUAUUUCACGUGUAUCAUCGGUGGUGUUGUCGCCGAUGUUUGGUUGGGGCCAUUUUGGACUAUUUUAUCGUUAUCAAUUGUAUAUGCUGUCGGUAGUUUGGUCCUUUCAAUCGGAGCGAUACCCGGUAUUGGAAUUUCAAUGAUUGGCACUUUAUACGCUGGUUUAGCAUUGAUAUCUCUGGGAAGUGGUGGGAUUAAGCCAUGCGUUGCGGCUUUUGGAGGUGACCAAUUCGCACCUGAGCAAACAAAGCAAAUGGCAAGAUUUUUUUCCAUUUUUUACUUGAUGAUCAAUCUGGGCUCUCUAUAUUCAAGCGCACUCACACCAUAUUUGAGGAAAAAUGUUCAUUGCUUUGGUCAAAAUGAGUGUUACUCGUUGGCCUUUGCCGUUCCAGCCAUUUUGAUGAUUAUCGCGGUUGUGCUUUUCUUUGUUGGUAAACCCUGGUACACAAUGAAAUCGCCGCAGGGAAUUAUACUAUUCCAAGUUGUGAAAUGUAUAUCGAAUGCGAUUGUGUUACAGAUACGUUUUCGAAAGGUAAUUCCACGUGCCCAUUUUCUUGACUAUUCGAUUGGCAAAUAUGGGCGGCAAUUGGUUGAUGACACGAAGCUUUUGUUGGAGAUCAUCGUUAUACUGUUGCCAAUGCCAAUAUUUUGGGCACUGUACGAUCAGCAGGGCUCUCGUUGGGUUGAUCAAGCGACCGAAAUGAAUGGCAAUCUUGGAAAUGUUUAUGAAAUCCCACCGGAUCAAAUACAAUUGUUGAAUCCCCUCUUAGUUAUAAUUUUAGUGCAAUUUUUCGACUACUGUGUUUAUCCUAUUUUGGACAAGUGUGGCAUUCGGCGACCGCUACAGAAACUUACUAUCGGUGGAUUUUUGGCCGCAGCUUCCUUUAUCAUAUCAGCAUUUGUUCAAUGGGCAAUCGAAGAUGCGGGUGUGGGAAAGAAGGUGCAUAUUUUGUGGCAAAUUCCACAAAUAGUUGUCAUAACAGUGGAAGAAAUUAUGUUUUCAAUAUCAGGCCUAUCAUUUAGCUACGAACAAGCUCCCAAAAGAAUGAAAUCUCUUGUGCAAGCGCUAUGGCUCUUGACGUCAGCCGUGGGCAAUGCAAUCGUAAUGGCCAUAGCUGAACUCAACUUUUUCAAUUCAUUUGUUUACGAAUAUAUUUUGUAUUCGAGCCUCAUGACCAUCGAUAUGAUCGUAUUAUUAUGGAUAACAUGCAUCUGCAUUGCGAUAUUUGGUACCGCAUCGUUGACUCAACGAACAUGGAGCCGAUUUCAAACCUCACCGAUAAUGAUAUCAAUGGAUCGGAAUAAAUUCUUUUGGAACACCAGCUUUCCUUCGUUGACCGUUUGCCCGCACAAGCGAAUCGACGAUGCCAAACUGGAUGAAUACAUGAAAGCCCGACCGCACAUAUUCCAAAGUGAUGACGAUCGCCAUGAAUUCACCGAUUUCAUUGAAAAACUAUCGAAUGCGACAUUCGAAAAUUAUGACCAAUUACCAAUGAAUCGUACAUUUGACAUCGAUAGUAAUCAAUAUUUGGAUCUACUGUGGAAUCUAUCUUUUGUGUUCAAACCGGAAUUAAAUAGUGGGUCCGCUCAUAAAUUAUACCUACAGGAUACGAUUACUGAGCUUGGGAUUUGUUAUGCGGUUAAUUCAAAAAUAGCCGCUUAUAAUUCAUAUAGAUACUGGCAUAACAAUCAAUGGGAUUAUGUUAAAACCAAUGAUACGAUUUCGGUACAUCCGCUAGACGGCGAAAUCUAUGCCCAAAUUAUCAAUUUGUCAUGUGCGUACGAGGUUUAUUUUCACGGUCUCAACGAAGUACCAGACAUUGCAAAGCAACGCUACUCAUUCCCUGCUGGUGAUUAUACAACGGUAGAGCUGCUCGCACUCGAAAUUCUCACAUCAAACAAUGCAAAAUCAUUGAGCGUAUCGCAGAGGCAAUGCCGAUUCGCACAUGAAGCCGAUAUCCUUGAAACGAGCCCAAUUUACUCCUAUAACCUUUGCCAGAAUGAAUGUCGCCUACGACUCGCACUCAAAACAUGCGGAUGUGUUCCGCAUUUUUAUCGAUCGAAGACCAAACGUGGAAAAAAGUAUAAAGUAUGCGAUUUUGAAGGAAUACGAUGUCUGCAAACGAUAAAAGAUGAAUUGAUAUCACUAAAAUCGAAAAUUAUACACAUCGACUGUGAUUGUCUUGCGAAUUGCGAUGAUCCGAAUUUCUUUGUCAAGGCUUAUAGAUCUCGAACGUGGUUUUUGGGUUCAAACUUGCAAUGGGGUAUCAGUGAAUAUCCAAAAAUGCAACUGAGACGAGAUUUAAUCUUCGGCAUUACUGAUUUCCUUGUGUAUAUCGGUGGAAUGGCUGGAUUUUUUCUGGGUUGUAGCUUGCUCAAUUUUACCGAACUGGUCUACUAUCUCACUUUCCGUUUUUGUAAAUCUCUUUGGACCAAUUAAUAUGGAGCUGAGCUAAAAAAAUUUGAUGUUUUGAAAAGUUACUAAAAUACCGUGGAUUUUUACUUAUGAGCAUAAACAUAAAUGUUUAUCUGUUUGUUUGAUUUUUUGUUGAAUCGAUGAGUUGGUCUCUCUAAUUUGAAGACUCUCAAUUUAAAAAGUCAUGAAAUGACUCAAUUCAGGAAAUUAUGUUUAUGAUUAUGAUAUGAAGACAAGUGAGCAUUUUUGGAUUGAACACCCUAUAAAAUUUGUGUUGCACAAUAAAUGUGAUUUGCCCAUAUACGUGUAACCAUUGAAAUUUAAUGUAUUUUGUUACUGUGUGCUUUAUGGGUUCAAUGCAGAAUCAUCACUGGAAUUGAAUAAAAACUCAAUAUAUUUGUUUGUA